AUGUUGGUCGAGAAAAGAUCUGGACAAACUCCCAAAGUCCCUGAAUCCCGUUUCAAUAUCGAUGCCCAUUUUCAUUCCAACCUCGAGCGGCCGGGUUCGUUCAACGUGUUGGGAGGCUACUUUCUCGAUCAAAAUCCCGAAGACUUCGAUCCUACCGCCUUCAACAUGACCCCUAUAGAAGCACAGUGGCUGGAUCCACAGCAGCGGAAGAUUCUUGAAGUGUCCUAUGAGUGUCUGGAGAAUGCUGGUCUCACUUUGGAAGCCGUAUCUGGAUCGAACACGGCCACUAUCGUGAACCCGGAUUUUCGUCACAACUAUGCGGCCACUGGUGUUGACCCAGGUAUCAUCAGUAACCGGGUCGGCAAUAUUUUCAACUUGAAGGGCCCUAUUUUUACUAUCAAUACUGCCUGCUCGUCCUCAAUUUACGCGAUCCACAACGCCUGUCAUGCCCUACGUGCACGGGAUUGUGAUGCAGCAAUCACUGGAGGCGUUAACUUAAUUCUCACUGUCGACCAGCACAUGAACACGGCCAAAUUGGGUAUCCUGUCGCCCACAUCUACUUGCCAUACCUUUGAUGCAUCUGCUGAUGGCUAUGGUCGUGCGGAGGGUGCGGGUGUCCUCUACAUGAAGCGUCUGCAGGACGCCAUCCGUGACGGAGAUCCGGUGCGUGGAGUGAUCCGGUCCUCUGCCGUCAACACCAAUGGUAAGGUUGAAGGAAUGGGCAUUACUCACCCCAGUCGUAAGGGCCAGGAAGCAGUUGUACGCAUGGCAUACGAUAAAGUUGGACUCGAUCCAAACCUCACUGCCUAUGCUGAACUGCACGGCACCGGCACUCCCGUGGGAGACCCGAUUGAGGUCAACGCCAUUGCGAGCGCCAUGAAUGACACGCGAUCUCCAGAGCAGCCACUGCUCCUGGGAGCUGUUAAACCAAACAUCGGUCACAGCGAAGCGGCAAGUGGAAUUUUCGCCGUAAUGAAGGCAGCAAUGAUGACCGAGGCGGCUGUCAUUCCGGGAGUCGCCCAUUUCCAACAAUUGAAUCCAGCUAUUCAUGAGGAGGAUUGGAAUGUCAAGGUCAACAGUGAGACCAAGCCAUGGCCGAACGAAUCUGGUCUUCGCCGCACCAGUGUCUCGUCUUUUGGAUACGGUGGUACUAAUGGUCAUGUAAUUGUCGAGUCAGUCGAUUCCUUAUAUCCUUGGUAUCAGCACGCCAAACCUAAGCGAGAGGCAUCCUAUAACUGUGCCUCCUCGCGUCCAUUCCUACUAACAGUUUCUGCUCAUGACAAGUCUACUCUCGCCAGAAAUGCAGCAGCUAUCAACAGAGUCGCGAAAGAAUACUAUUUCACUGAUCUCGCAUACACGCUCGAUAUGAGCCGUACACGCUGGGGACACCGGGCGUUUACUGUUGCCCGCGAGGACCGACCAGCCGAAGUUUUUGGCUCGGACUUGCAAACUGGUGUUGCAUUCUCUUCUGUACCAGAUGUGGGAUUUCUUUUCACUGGUCAAGGUGCACAAUGGGUAGGUAUGGGACAGAAAGCAGCGAGGGAGUUCCCAUCAUUUUAUCAGACGUUGCAGAGGUUGGAUUCUGUCCUUGCACGACUUAACCCGCCACCAUCAUUCACCCUCGAGGGGUUUAUUAUCAACCAUGCAGACGCUACAGCCAUCAACGGGCCGGAGAUAUCUCAGCCGCUGUGUACUGCCAUUCAAAUUGCUCUGGUGGAUCUGUUUGACGAAUGGAACAUUAACCCCUCAGUCAAUGCUGGACACUCGUCCGGUGAGAUUGGCGCAGCAUACGCCGCCGGUUUGAUUUCCGCACCGGGGGCCAUCCUUGCCGCAUACUGCCGCGGCCAUGCGGUCAAGGCCCAUUCAUCAAAGGGAUCGAUGCUGGCCGUUGGCCUCGGAGCGGAUGAAGCUGAGAAGUACAUGUUGUCAUACACCCCCGACCAGCUGUGUAUCGCCUGCGAGAGUUCUCCCAUCUUUAACCACCCACCAUGCCACCAAAUCGCUCUCGAUCGAACCGAAACUCGCAGGAACAAGAGGGACGCAUUUUAUUAGCUAUAGAAGCUUUUAAAAAAGGAGAAAUCAGCUCAAUCCGUGAAACAGCACGUCGAUUUAACAUACCGCGUU